AUGCAACGCACGUUCCCAUCAAUCAAAUGGCGACUUCUGGUGGGCAUUGGAGGUGGUGUGCCAAGCCCAAAACACGACAUCCGCGUCGGUGAUAUUGUUGUGAGUAUGCCCGAGGGUCCAUUUAGUAGGGUAGUUCAAUAUGACCUAGGAAAUGAUGUAGAUGAUGGGUUCACCCUUGCAGGAUUCCUCUGGCCACCCCCUCCCAUCUUGAGGAGUGCAGUGGAGAAAAUGUGCAAAAAUGGCCAUGCCUCGCAGAUUACCGACGGCCGUCAGCAGGUUCGGACGUUCUCUUCCGACCGGAUUAUCCUCAUGUACCUGGUCAGGCCACAUGUAGGAGAUGUGAAAGGGCUCAAAUUGUGGAUCGACCUGCACGUGGCUCUGAUAAUCCUAAGAUUCAUUAUGGAUUAA